AUUGGCUGAAAAUAAUAUACAUCUACACAUCCACCCACCGCCAUACAAACAUGACAUUAGCAAAAGAUGAAACCACUUAUAGAAAGUAGUAUUCUCUGGUGAAUACAAAUAUAUCAUCGAUGAAACAGUCAUCGAUGUCACUGUAACAACUAGCAUAAUACACCCCAAUUCUUUGAAAAAUUAUUUUUCCUAAUCAAUAUUUCGAUUAUGGGAGGUGCACUGUCCUCUACUGAAAAUGUGAGUGAUUCAAGUAGUAAUGGGAAUGAAAAGCGGAAGAAAUCCAGUGCGUCAACAACAGAUGGAAGACCGAAACUUUUAUCCGUAGAAGAGUAUGCAGCUGAGUUGAAUCGAUUGACUAGCGAGCCAUUGUCAUCAGAUGAUGCAACAGAAGUUGACGAAUACUCCUCUGAUGAUGAAGAAGAAGAUGAUGAUGAUGAUGUGCAUUCAUUCAGCUUACCGACUUCCAGUCGUGUACAAUUGGCGGUUUCCUAUGAUAAUUUCAAACAAGAAAUGCGUAUCAAUAUUAUACGAGUGAAUGACAUACCUGGUAGAGAGACUGGUGGUUCACCAGCCUAUCAGAUUGCUUUAUCCAUAUUACCGGAGAAUAAACAACACUGGAAAAGUCGACUGCGCACAGCUCCAAAUCCUGAAUACUUAGAAGAGUGGACAGUGAAAAUCCCGCUGAUGGCAAUCCAUCAAUCUACACUGAUUUGCCAGAUAAUAGGGCACUUUGAAAAUGGACGAGAAUAUCUGUACGGUGAAACUUUUCUACCAUUGGAAAGCUUAAAUUUAAAUAUUGAAAACGUUCUCACCCUGAAUUUUCAACCGAAACAUGUACAGUGUGGAUUAGUUGCCGCCUUACAGCCAAAAAUGGAAACUGAAGCGAAUGUUACCAAUGAAACUGAUUUAGCGUCACUUACUCUGUUGGAACCUCCAUCAGUUUGUCCGCAGACUGAAAAUUUAAUUCAUCCAACCUCAAAUUUACCAAGAAUUCUAUUCUCUCUUCGACUAAAUCCAACUACUGGAAGACUAGAGUGCUGCUUACAAGAAAUUCAUCUUAUCGAGGAUAUCCGUCCGAGUAAACUGCCGAAACGAAAUAUAUUUGUCAAAAUGGCGAUUCGUACAGAAGAAGAUGGUUUAGUGGCAGAAGCCCGCAGUGCUUCAUUUCAAAGUCAGUCAGUAAUUCAUGUGAAUGAAACAUUCGCUUUCUCUGUGAAACAAUAUCAAAUUGAUGAGUUCACUAUAGAAAUUAUGUUGAUGAAGAGAAGACGGCCACGCUUCAGAAGACAAAUCACUAUUGGGACAUGCAAAAUAGGUAAAUUCAAUACAAGUCUAGAUGAAGCUGAACAUUGGAGGCAAGUGUUGGCGACGAAAGAUCACAUGAUAUCUCAGUGGCAUAAAUUCUAUCCAAUACCACUGACUCUGUCAGCAGAGUCAUCAGAAAGGUGACCACAAAUCUUUUAGUGAAUAAAAUGUUAAUCCUCUAUUG